ACUCUUUUGCUGCGAGAAUCGACUCUAAAUCUCCGCUUCCAGAUCUACCGCUACCUCCGCGUCUUCGACGUCAACUCGGGCUUCGUGAUCGAGCCCUGCUUCCGGUACUCGCUCGAGGGCCAAAAGGGCGCGAAAAUAUCGUCGACGAAAAAAUGGUACAAGAACGAGAAGAUCGAGUGUUUGGUCGGUUGCAUAGCCGAACUGACCGAAGAGGAAGAGAAGCAGCUCCUCCAUCCCGGCAAGAACGACUUCUCGGUGAUGUACAGCUGCCGGAAGAACUGCGCCCAGCUGUGGCUCGGACCGGCUGCCUACAUCAACCACGACUGCAGGGCGAACUGCAAGUUCGUCGCCACGGGCAGGGACACCGCCUGCGUCAAGGUCCUGCGCGACAUCGAGGUGGGCGAGGAGAUCACGUGCUUCUACGGGGAGGACUUCUUCGGCGACAAGAACUGCUACUGCGAGUGCGAGACGUGCGAGCGGCGCGGUACGGGCGCGUUCGCGAAAGAGACGGACAAGAAGGAGGAGAACGGCUACCGUUUGCGCGAGACCGACAACAGGAUCAAUCGAACUAAGCAGAAGAUCCGGUGCAACAACAACAAGGAGGAGUUCGGUCGCGCCGAGGAGAAGAUCGUGGCGCCGUUGAGCAUGAAGGAGUUGCGGCAGAAGGGACUGACGAAGUACGACGCGGAGCUGCUGAUCGCGCAGGGGUGCAAGUUCUCGGACAUUGGGGAGUUCCAGAGGAAGAACAGUGCGGGGAGUGUCGGGGGCAAGGAGGACGACGCCAAGAAACCGGAGGUGAAAAAAUCUGUGAUAAGUGAGGAUAAGCAGGCGGUCAGUUCGAGGACUUCGCGCUUGCAGCGGCGGCAAGCGCGACAAGCGAACCAGGAGCUCAUGCAGAGCGCCGCGCACAGCGUUUCGAGGUCGAAUCUGCUGGAUGAUCUGCAGAGCAACGCGAGUAGUUGUAUGAGUUCGUAUAGUGAUCAGGACCCGGUGUGCGACGCCACGCAGCAGAAUAAGAAGUUCAACGACAAGCACGAGAGCGGCAAGGGGGUUCCUUCGGGGGCAGUAGCAGAGACACUUCCAGAGCGUCCCCCGACGCCGUCGCCGUCGCCCGAGAACGGCAUCACCCUCCGCAGCCACAAAUGCCUGGCGUCGGAGAAGCCGGUCGAGGCGGCCAUGCCGAAGCUCGAGCCGCAGGUCGAGUGUCACUUCAACGGCGUCGAGAAGGCCAUCAAGCCCGGCCGCAUCAAGACCCGCCACUCGUCUCGCCUCACCAAACCCGCCAAUAUCACUGCCAAUAGCGACAAAGACGUAUACGAGUUCGACGACGAGGAGACCAAGACGGACUCGCUGUGCCUGCGCAGGAGCAAGAAGGAGGCGAACGGGGACAAGGAGGAGCCCGAGCCCGUCGAGGAGAAGCCCGACGACAAUCAGAACGAGUGGACCGUGAAGAUGGAGCCGCCGUACGCGCCAGAGCCGGGCCAGGGCGAGAAGACGCCCGAGAAGUGCGGGCGCUUGAAGCUCACGCUGCGGAUGAAGCGCAGUCCGGUCCUGGACGAGGUCAUCGAGUCCGGGAACAGCCUGAGCGAGGACAGCUUCGAGCCGGAGUACGAGGUCCUGCGGGUGGAGGGGGUGGAGUACACGCCCUACUCCCACAGGAAGAAGCGGCACAAAUCGAAGGACCGGCGGCGGGAACGCAAGCUGAAGCAGGCGGAGGAGGUGGCGGUGACGGAGGUGACGCACUUACCGCUGAAGAGGCUAAGGUUAAUUUUUGGGAACGAGAGUCACACGAUCAAUAUCCCGUCCACUAGUGAAGAAGAUUGUCAGGAUUGUCAAACAUGACUUUGCGUUUCUGACAACACGCGAUUCCUUACUUAGUUUUAAUUUUUUACGCACUGUACAGGAGUUCUUUUUAUUAUUUAUUUAUUUUUACUAAUCGUCGAUGUUUUAUGUUUUACUAACUGUUGAUUUUGUGUUGGGUUGGCGGCGCUCACGCUUCGGCGGGGGCGGCUCGUGAAAAGGUGAAGAUAAAUCGUAAACAAAAAGAAAAAACGAAAAAAAUAGUGUACACGUUGUUUUAUUGAUUUUAUUAUUGUUGUUUUUAAUAACUUAGGGAAAAUCUGAUUUUCCGCACUGCCUCAGGACAAGCCGCCUGAAGUCAAGUGCGCAUGCGCAUCGAUCUCAGGCGAUUUUUAAUUAUUUUUAUACACGGGUUUAGCUGGUUUUAACCGAACGCGUGUCCAGUGGGCUGGGACGGUAUGCAUGAGGUGGUUCUAGGGGAAUUUCGUGCGAUGCUAAACUUAAAGUUGCACGACCCUAAAUCGAACUGCAGUAUUAGUUUCUACUGAAAUGGUCAUCAGAGAUUAAACUAAUGACUUCCUAGUCUAUGCCGUGUCUGCGGAGAGGGGACAGCUCGGUGUAGGUUAGGUGGCAAUUAGUACGCUAGUCAGUCUUGCAAUUUUCGGUGUCGCGGGGAUAAUACGUGUUUGUGUGAUUGAUGAAUGAGUGACAGUGAUGAACGUUUCGACUUGUACGAAGCGUGGGCGCCGCUGUUUAAAUCAAUAGACCGCUGUGAUUCAGAUUGUUAAUAGAGAUAACAAAAGUGUAAAAUGUCUACAAGAAUUGUUUUAUAUGUGCUUUAUUUCAGAAUCACCCGGCGUCAAGCAAGAGAGUUUCGUUGUAUUUGCUGUAGGAGGAUGAGUUAGGUAGAUAAUACUUAGGAAAUUGCCUCGUGCUCCCGUAACUACAAGAAAUACAAAAAAGAACCAUUCCAUAAGAGAUCAUUAAUUUAUUUUAUUUAUGUAUUAUGUUGCGUACCGUCACAGAUCUUGACUUAGAGUAAUUGAUUUCGAUAGGUGCACACACGUUUAGUUUCUGACUAUGUUCAUUUUUGCAAGCAUUUUAUCGAGUGUGGAUAUACCUCUCAUAGCGGUAUAUUGCGUUUUUAGAUAAAUUCUUGUUGAAAUUUACUGUUGAAAUUUUAUAAUAUCUGUGGAAAGUGUAUGCAUCUGUGAAUAUAUUCGCUGUAUUGGCCGUUCUGAGCCGGACCGCCUCUAUGAGCAUUGGAUAAGUGCAUAUUGCACGCUACUUGUAAAUAUAUUUGUAAUAUGUACCGAUAAGGAUUAUGCAUUACUUAAAUUUACCUCAUGUUUAUAUGAAAAACACGAUCAUUUCUUACAUUUUUUCGGAGUUUAACCCAUUGAGUUCCUAUGCUCCCCCGUUUCAUUCAUCUUCGCGCGGAAUUAUCAUGCUGUACGUGGUGGGGUGCGAAAUUGGAUGUAUAUUCGUAAGUCUGAGAUGUAUCAAUGUAAGAAAUGAUAAACGGUGUACUAAAAGUAAAUAAAAGUUUUAUAAAAUCA